AAACUUUUAUAUUGGAUCCAUUAUAUAGCCUUCGGUAUUCAAAUAACAAAAGAAAUUUUGAUAUUUUCUGAUAACAUUAUUAGAGGGGUGAGAAGGAAAAACACGCUAAAUUCAUAGAUAUUUUAUAAGACAGGAACGGCAAGUCUGAACCAUUCUGUAAUCGAGGUCGACCUCGAGCUCGACAAUGGGUAGCGCAAAUAUCGCCUUUAUGCUGUUCCUCCUCCCUUCCUUACUUUCUGCCCAAGGCCAUUUUAGCUUUCACUUCAACCAAUUCAAUGCAUCGACCCUUAAAUUGUUUGGGGAUGCUUCAGUGCAGUCCAAUGCCAUCUCUCUGAACGGUAAAUUCCAAUACAGUGUCGGCCGUGCUUUUUAUGGAGACCAUGUGCGUAUGAAAUAUCGUGGGUCUCCGAAUUCUGCUUUGUCUUUCAGCACAACUUUUGUGUUUAGCGUUGUUCCUUCUUCAGACACCCUAAGCGGUCAUGGGCUGGCGUUUAUAAUGACGCCCCACAGAUUUCCAGAGGGAUUGAUAGGAGCUGAGUAUCUUGGCUUGUUAAGCAAUCUUUCAAGCGUUGGAGAGGCCUCUAAUCAUCUGUUUGCAGUCGAGUUCGACACGAUAAAGAACGAGGAAUUUCUCGACAUCGACGGCAAUCACGUUGGUGUGGAUCUCAACGACCUCACGUCUGUAAACUCAAAGUCUGCGGGCUACUGGAUUGGCAACAACCAGUUCCAAAAUGUGAAUCUAAAAAGCGGACAGAAUCUUCAAGCUUGGAUUGAUUACGACAAUCUUCUGAACGAGCUCAAUGUUACCAUUACAGAGGCUGGUUUAAAUCGCCCAGGAAAACCACUGAUACACAUAAAAAAUAUGUCUCUGUCCAACAUUUUUGAAGAAGAAAUGUACGUUGGUUUCUCAGCUGCUACGGGAUCCGUUUUUGAUGGGACUUAUAUCCUCGGGUGGAGCUUUACUACAAACGGAGCUGCCCCGUUCCUGAAUACAUCUAAUCUUCCAUCCUUUGCACAGAGAAAAUUGAAGAGCUCAAAUUCUACACUAAUAGCUGGCGUAAGUACAGCUUGCGUCCUCCUCAUCCUAUUAGUUGUUGUAGCAUCAGUUUUUCGGAUGAAGAGAAACAGGUACAGUGAUAUCAUCGAAGAAUGGGAGAAGGAAUACUGGCCUCAAAGGUUAGACUACAAAGACUUACAUAUUGCAACCAAGGGCUUUGGAGGCGAAGAACUUUUGGGAUCCGGAGGCUUCGGUAAGGUCUACAAAGGAGUACUUCCAACAAAUGGCCUCCAAGUAGCGGUGAAAUGUAUUCUUAGAGAAACUUAUGAUGGGGUGAAAGAAUUCAUAGCAGAGUUGUCCAGUCUUGGUCGCCUUCAACAUAGAAAUCUUGUGCAAAUAAGAGGAUUCUGCAGGCUGGGCAAAAAGCUAUUCAUAGUUUAUGACUACAUGCCAAACGGAAGCCUGGACAAGAAGAUAUUCGGAAACCCAAAUAUUGUGUUAGGAUGGAAUCAAAGGUACAGAGUCCUCAUGGAUGUUGCUGCUGGGCUGCUGUAUCUUCAUGAAGAGUGGGAGCAAUGUGUAGUGCACAGAGACAUCAAGUCCAGCAACGUUUUGCUGGACUCGGAGCUCAAUGGAAAGCUAGGGGAUUUUGGACUAGCCCGUCUGUACGAGCAUAACGAAAACUCGCAAACCACUCGAGUAGUCGGAACGCUAGGGUACAUUGCACCGGAGCUCAUACACACAGGAAAGGCCAGCCCAGCCACAGAUGUUUUCAGCUUUGGUAUCUUUUUGUUGGAGGUCGCAUGCGGAAGGAGGCCUGUCGAUCCCUCUCUCCAACUUUCUCAAGUAGUUUUGGUGGACUGGGUGAGAGAGCUUCAUGCCAAUGGCAGUCUCAUGGAUGCAGCCGACCCGAAUCUUUUGGGAGAAUAUGUUGAAGCUGAGAUGGAGAGAGUACUUAAACUGGGGCUGUUCUGUUCUAAUCCACAGCCAGAAGGAAGGCUUGGCAUGAGACAAGUUUUGCAAAUACUUGAAGAAGAAUCUCCAAUACCAGCUCUUGAUGAUCUGUUUUAUGUGGAGAUGAGUGGACCCAGCAGUACUUGGAACUCUCCACCAUAUUUCAGUCACAGCACAGAUGCUUCCAUUUUCAUGUCUUUAGACAGACAACAUACUCUUCACAAUUAGGUCAAACAUCAGCCUUCUUAUACUCGUUCUGUGGCAGAGUGUAUAAGAUGGAUCUUUGUGAGGUGUGUUUUCUCUGCUUUCUUCUUUUUAGGGAUUCGACUUCUUCUUUAGACUUAGGAAUGUAGGUAUUUGACCCAUAUUGGAAUACAAAACCCGUAAUUGGAUCUUACUAUAGAUUUUAAUGGCAGCGUUUAUUCACUUGGUUGGAAACCGUUGCUUUUAUGCUGAGUAUUAUAAUUUGUUGUUGCGAAUAUUUUGAAAUUUCUUAGGGCAUGGUCAGUUGCCCGACCGGAAGCAACUGAUUGUUUGUCAAGUAAUGGUCGAUGGUGUGAGUCGUAUAUCUCACUGAGUCAGGUUUAUAGUGGUCUCCCCCAAUUGUCUCCCCCAAUCUAAUUCAUUUUUUUCUGAGAAGAGGCAGGUUUAUAGUGGUCUUUAAUUACAAUUUAUAUCUGAGAAUGCAACAAACUCUUUGAACCAAUUAUUGGCGAUGAUAGAUACAAGAAUCAAAGUGUUGAUUUAGUUGAAAGAUAAUAAAAGAGUCCAACUGAUUUUCCUGUGUAUUAAAAAGAAAACUGAUCCACAUGCCAUGUUCU